ACUGUCACAGGUCAGAUGACCGAGCUACAUUGUAAAUAGACAGCAGCAGUCCGCAGUGGUCAUGCCUGGUCCAUAUUCUCUUUAAAACCCCUCGCACAGAGCGGAUCCUUCACUCGGACACUCUUUAUUUCCACACACCGCCUCCUGCGUGUUAUUCACGUGUUUGAGUUUUCAUUAUUCUUUUUUAAGUAUGUACCGGUCUCUGUACGCCUUCCGAUCCGCGGAGCCCAACUCGCUGCACUUCGCGGCCGGGGAAAGCUUCCUAAUCCUGGAGAGGAGCAACAAACACUGGUGGCUGGGGUCCCGCUGCAGCUCGGGGGAAACCGGCUACAUCCCCGCCUCGUACAUCGAAAAAAUUCAGGUUCCAGAGCAGGACGAGGUUUUGCAGUCCAUCGACAGAGCGAUCGAAGCCAUCCACAAUGUGGCCUUAAAAAACGGAGGCAAAUACAAUCUGGAGCAGCGAGAUGUUCUGCAAAAACUGAUCCAUCACAGAAAGGAGACGCUGGCACGUCGGAGUUCCUCCUCCAGUCAGAAACAAGGACUCCCGACUUCCAGCAGUGAAAUCUCUCUCAGUCAAACUCCGCCUCCGCCCAAUGGCCUUAACCGAGACUAUGGACGUCAGGGAAGCGUGCCGUUAUCAGGGAGCAUGGACAAUAUGCAAGGAGAGCAACGAGGCUUUUACCAGGUGCCUCCCCAGCCUCGGCGCGCGGCCCCCAUCACCCCUCCUCCCCCCGAGAAACAGAGGAACAGACAGCCUGCAGCAGAGCCAGAGGUCCCCUCCAGAGUGUCCUCUCUUUCUCCGUCCCCGGCCCCCUCCCUCUCAAUCAGCACCACCUCUUUAGAGUCGGGCUCCUCCCACUCCCUGGUCUCCUCCGAUGUCAGUUUGCCAAGUGUCUCCAGCACCCCCCCUCCUCCUGUGCCAUCCCGUGUGAAGCCCGCUAUGCCACAUCUAGAGACUUUGCCCUCCGAGUCUGCUCCUGCAAAGAAAAGCCCCGCGCCACAGCCUCCGCAGCCCUCCCCCGCUUUAGAGCCCACUGUGGAGAGCCAGCCAGAAAGUGACUGGCCUGUUGCUCCACCGUCUGUUGCUGAAAGCCCCCCCGGUAGCCCCACCGUCUCCGAGCCAGUUCCCAUGACGAUCGGGGCCGAACUGAUCGAGCUGGUACGGAAGAACACGGGCCUGAGUUACAAGCUGUCGCGGGUGGCUGUCGGCGUGGUGGUCGGGCAUCUGCAGACCGCGUUACCUCAGGCGUCCACGGCCUUGGAGCAGGUUCUGGUCUCUCUGGUGGAGAGCAAGGACCUGAGCGCAGCUCUGCCGCGGGGCCAGGUGUGUCACGAUGAGCAGCGGCUGGAGGUGAUCUUCAGCGACCUCGCCCGUCACAGGGACGACUCGCAGCAGCGUGGCUGGGCACUGCACGAAGAUCACGCUCUCAUCGCCUGCUACCUGGAGGAGCUGCUGAAGAUACUGACUGAUGCUGAUCCAGAAGUGUGUAAGAGGAUGUGCAAGGCUGACGACCACGAGAACGUGCAUUCUCUGGUUUCAUAUUAUCAGAUGGAGAACCGCGUGACGCUGCAGCUGCUGCUGCUCAAAGUGUUCGGAGCGAUGUGCAGCCUGGACGCCACCCUCAUCUCCACCCUGCUCAACUCCAACCUCCCCAUGGUGCUGGCCAGAGACCUGCAGACCGAUGCACAAGAGCACCAGAAAAUGUGUUACACAGCGUUGGUGCUGACUAUGAUCUUCUCUAUGGGUGAACAGGUGCCAUAUCAUCACUAUGAACACUUGAACUCUGACUUUGUUCAGUUCAUGCUGGACGUCGUGGAGGACGGUCUCCCGUCCGAUCCCACAGAGCAGCUGCCCGACACCUUCCUGAACCUCCUGCUGGCUUUCAACCUGCACCACACAACUCCCAGCGACAACGUGAUCAUGCAGGAGUUGAAGAAGAAGAACGUCAAGAUUCUAUCAGAGAAAGUUCUGCUGCUUCUGAACAGAGGCGACGACCCCGUGUGUAUGUUCAAACACACUCCACCUGCACCACACUCGGUGCUCAAGUUCCUGCAGGACCUGUUCGCCAGCAGAGAGACGGCCGACAUCUUCUAUCGCACUGACAUGAUGGUGAUGAUCGACAUCGCCGUACGGCAAAUAUCUGACCUUUCACCUGGAGACAAGCUGCGGAUGGAGUACCUCUCCCUCAUGCACUCCAUAAUGCGCUCGACGGACUACCUCGAGCACCAGCACCGCCUGUCUGACCUGCAGGGGGCGCUGCAGAGGAUUCUCAGGGAGGAGGAAGAUCCGGGAGAAGACGAAGGGAGUGCCACGGCGAAACAGAUGGAUAAGCUAAUUGUGCAGCAGGUCUACAAGGAGUUCCCGCAGAUCUGUGAGAACAAGGACUAACCAUAUCAGUACCAUGCUCACCACACACUGUAGUCUGCUCCCGUCUACUGCAGGGAAGGUACCUGAUGUCUGUGCCACACCCAAAAGCAAACCAGUUUACCAGUGUUUUCUUGGACUUACAGUAUUGAGAGAGUGUCUUUGUUGUGCAUCAUCAAGGGGAAAAAUAAAACCUGUGAGAUUUAGUCAUACUUGGAGAUUAAAAAUAGCCAAACUCGAGGCCAAGCCUUGGAUCUUAUCUCGCAGUGAAUUCUGAGCAAUAAUAAUAAUAAUUUCAAACUAACUGAACUCAAAAGUAUUUUCGAAUUACGACGACCGUGACUAAACCGUAUUCUAACCAAAGCAGAGAGAAUUGAAAUGCGUUGGAAUAACAGUGCCACUACACAAACUGUUGACUCUUUAUGUGCUUCCCUAACAGUGGGACCAAACUAUCGUGUGUUACUUAGAGCAUUAUUUUCUGUAUAAUAAUGAAAAAAAAGGAGGGCAGUGUUCUGAAAACUGACCUCUUCUUCUAGCCGCCGCCCUCGCUCUCUCUAUAUAUUUAAGAUUAAAAGUGUAUGAUCGUCGUGGGAAAAGCACACCGUGACUCACGUGUUGUCAUUACUAAGCUGUAGCUGAGUAACGUGCUGCUGCUGCUGCUACAUAUCGAUCGAGUCUCUUCUGUGGUUCUUGUCUUUAAUCGCUUUACAAACGCUCGGAAGUGUCAUUUGACCGUUUACAGAUUGCCGUCUCAAGGGUUUUUAGUCCGUAUGCUGCAUUCAUGUUCAGCCCGCCUGUGCUGCAAUAAAGCUUUGGCUGUAAAAUACAGAGCAUUGGCUGACGUGGAGGAAAAAAAGUGUGACUAACUCAAGUGGUUUUGGAUUUCCACUUGGAAUCGUCAUCUCACAAUCCUACUGAGAAUCCAGACGUGGUAGAGACGAUACUGGGCAUUUCUUUUAACUCCUUGUGGUCUUACUUUUUAACCAGUAACAUAUCUCUCUACUUGUUUCUUCCCCGACUGAUGUUGUUCUCCCAUCUUCCACUAAAACUGGUCUAUUUUUGUCCCUGUCGUGCUUCUCUCUCUGGAAAACUGUAUCUGGGAAGGUGGGCGCAAGUCAGAGGUGAUAUCAGAUUCUUACUUAAUGUUCACUCACUGAUGUGCGUCUAUUUACAGUUUGUAUUACAGAACGAGAGCGAGAGACAUGAGAAUUUCCUUUCCAUGAUUAACACUGUCUGCAACACUGCUAUGACUGUGUAAUACGUAAACUAAUAAAGUUAUAUUUUAACAGUG